AUGAAGCCGCUCUGCGGGGCUGCGCUCCUGUUGCUGCUGCUCUGCGCCGUCGCCUCUGCUCAGAACUCGUGCAUCUGCGAGAAGAACAAGCGCGUUAGCAACUGCAGGGUGGAAAAUGGCCAAUGCCGCUGCCAGGCCAUCGGCUCCGGUGUCACCGUGGACUGCACCACCCUGACUUCAAAAUGCCUGCUAAUGAAAGCAGAAGUGAUGGGCUCAAAAUCGGGUCGUCGUGAGAAACCAAAAGAUGCAUUUGAAGAUACGGAUGGCCUCUAUGAUCCUGAGUGUGAAAACAGCGGUGAUUUCAAGGCAAAGCAGUGCAAUGGAAGCACCUGUUGGUGUGUGAAUACAGCUGGAGUUAGAAGAACUGACAAACAUGAUGCAGACUUGAAGUGCAAUAAAUUAGUCAGAACGAUGUGGAUCAUUAUUGAAAUGAAACACGCUGAGAGAGAUGCUCCUCUGAAUGCUGAAUCUUUAAAGAAGUUUUUCACGGAUACCAUUACCAGUCGUUAUCAGCUGAAUGGCCGACAUAUAGCCAGUGUCCUGUAUGAAAAACCUUACAUUACUAUUGAUUUGAAGCAAAAUUCCUCAGACAAAUUAUCUGGAGAUGUGGAUAUAGCUGAUGUGGCCUACUACUUUGAAAAAGAUGUGAAAGGUCAAUCCAUCUUUUAUAAUAAUGCUGGGCUAAAUGUCAGCAUUGACAACGAACCAGUGAAGCUUGAGGAGACAGUGGUCUACUACGUUGAUGAAAUAGCACCAGAGUUUUCCAUGAAAUCCCUGACUCCCGGUCUUAUUGCUGUCAUUGUAGUGGUACUAAUAGCAAUAGUGGCUGCAAUUGUUGUUCUGGUCCUCACAAGGAGGAGGAAAGGGAAGUACGUCAAAGCUGAGGUGAAGGAAAUGAAUGAAAUGCAUAGAGGACUGAAUGCUUAA